AUGGGUUCACCGUUAUCUCCAGCCCUGGCCAAUAUAUACAUGGAAGCCUUUGAGAAGAAAGCCCUGGAAUCCACAACGUUGAAGCCUAAGUGCUGGUACCGAUAUGUUGACGACACCUUCACCAUCUGGACCAUGGAAAUAGAGAAAAAUUCCGCCCUUCCCUUCUUGGAUGUUUUGGUUGAGAGGAAACCAGAUGGCACUUUAGGACAUCGAGUAUAUAGGAAGCCAACUCACACAGACAGAUAUCUGAACGCGGAGUCCCACCACCACUCAGCCCAGAAACAGGGGAUCAUAAAUACCUUGAUUCAUCGAGCGCGGAUCAUCAGCGAGUCAAGACACUUGGCCGAGGAGCUAGAACACCUACGCACAGCCGUGAUAUUAAAAUCGGGCGUUUUCAAGAAGAGGAAUAUCAACACCGUAUUCAGCACUGUAAAGAAGGUGGCGGCAGCGUUUCCAAAGACCUGCAACAACGACCAGAUCCAGGGCCCCGGUGUGUACAGUAUUCCUUGCUCUUGCGGAAAGGUCUACAUAGGACAAACAGGAAAGCACACCAACAUGAGGUUAAAGGAACACAAAAGUCACUUCAAGAAUAACAACUGCACUUUAUAUGAUUAA